ACCUUCACCCAUCACAAGCAUUAUAUUGGGACAAAACCCUAGCGAGCCAUGGCUAGAUCCCUCGUCUUUCUCUUACUCGCCCUUGCUUCCUCUCUCUUAACCCUAUCCCCGCCUGUGACCGAGGCGCGCGGUGGGGCGUCCAUCGCCUCCCUGAUCCCCGAACAGCUCUUCGACGGCAUCUUCCUUCACAAGGACGAUAGUGCGUGCCCAGCCAAGGACUUCUACACUUACGACUCGUUUGUGCGAGCCGCGAGCUGCUUCCCGAAGUUUGGCCGCACUGGGAGUGUGAGGAUGCGCAAGCGCGAGAUCGCAGCCUUCCUUGCCCAGGUGUCGCACGAGACGACCGGUGGGUGGGCGACGGCGCCGGACGGACCGUAUGCGUGGGGGCUGUGCUUCAAGGAGGAGGUGAGCCCGCAGAGCGACUACUGCGAUCCAAGCGACAAGGAAUGGCCUUGUUAUCCGGGCAAGUCUUACAAAGGAAGAGGACCCAUCCAACUAUCUUGGAACUUCAACUACGGACCCGCCGGGAAAGCGCUCGGCUUCGACGGCCUGAGGAACCCGGAGACGGUGUCCAACAACUCGCUGGUCGCGUUCAAGACGGCGCUGUGGUUCUGGACGACAGAGAGGAAGCCCAAAACCUCCUGCCACACCGUCAUGGUCGGGAAGUACCGGCCGUCCAAGGCCGACCUCGCGGCGAACCGGACGGCCGGGUUCGGGCUCGUCACCAACAUAAUCAACGGCGGCCUCGAGUGCGGAAUCCCCGGCGACGCAAGGGUCAACAACCGGAUCGGCUUCUUCCAGAGAUACGCCAAGCUGUUCGGGGUGGACACCGGACCCAACUUGGAUUGCCAAAAUCAGAAGCCCUUCUAGUCAAGAAAUAAACAAAAGGAAGAUUGAAAAGAUGAUGAAGAUUGCAGUUAGGAACCAUGAUGCUGUGUCUUAGAAUAAAAUUUGCAGAAUGGUCCUUGUCGGGACAAAUGGUAAAUUCCAAGAGAAUUGGGUUGCAUGGGAGCUGACAAAGUUUGCAUCACGAUUUGGAUUCUAUUUGGUCCUGAUCUUUUUGUC